UUGCAUACAUGAAAAUAUAACUUGCAUUUUACAGAAUGAUCAGAAUCAGUCACUCGCAAGUAGUUUAUUUCUCGCCAGUUUUGAUAUUUUCUGGUUGCUGAAAAAUUUGACCAACACCAUGACUUUGUUUUUCGUAAAAUGUGUAUAUUGUGGAAUAAUCUUUGUUGUGCUAUCCAAAUACACUACCACAGCGCAGGACUUAGGACCGGACGACACUUAUACCUUCUGUGGAAAAGGACGCCAAGACAAUUCAGCAUGUCAAGGAUUUUGUGUUCAUAAUCAAACCAUUUGUUCCCCAAUUGUUGGAAUUUGCUCCUGUGCAGCUCCUGCUACGAGACUAAAAACGCUAUCAAGCAAUUACAACUGUAAGCCAGCAAGACCAAGGUCCAGAUGUCACAAUGGUUGUAAAACUUAUGCAAUGAUAACACCUCGGUUUCGCCGAGGGGAAACCAAGAUUUGUGACAGCAAAACGAUGAAUAAACGAAUGUGUUUUUGUUUGCCCAAAGUUUAACAGAAACUUUCACAAAAUGGGUUAUGAUACAAUAAUAAACACAAGAAAUAUAUACGUA